AUUGCCCAGAUUAUUUGAGUUUAUGUGUGGCAGGCGACCCAGAGGAAAAUAAUCCCACACCUGUUCUACCCCACACCAAGGCUCAGGAGAGAGUCCUACACUCCAGACAGAGAACUGCAGCUGCAUUAGUGUGACCUGAAGAGUAGGAGGCGUGGUCUAGAUGGAGUCACCCAGUCAGCGUAAGGCGCCCCCUAAUGGAGCUGUAGGAGAGGACGUCUCAUCUGACGCUCUGAGGGUCAACGUCUCAGCUGCAGAUCGAAGUUAUGUCUCUGCACCUGCAAAAAUGUACUAACAAGAACAUCAUGGAACCUCUCAACUCUUAGUCUCUGUCACCUACAAGAAGCACAGCACAAGAUAAUGCAGAUAGAUAAUGAUUGAUGUGCCGGAGCGUCUAGAAGGUUAACAAACCACACCCAUCUGCUAGAAGAUAUGACCCCAGUUAUGCACUGAUAUUCCAUCAUUUCCAUGCAUCUCUAGUAUGUCAUGUACAGUACAACUGAUUAUAAUCAGAAAUCUUUACUGUCCAGGGAGAACCCAGACAAAGCUGUUAGCAAAUUGACCAUUGAUGCCUGUUUCCGAACGUCUUCUUGGCUCAGAAACACUGCUGUAGCAACGUCUGUGUUCCUCGCCCCACUGGCUGCAUCCCACUUGCAGAGCUGAGAUCAACACAAACGGGUCAUCAUGAGAACAUUGCUGCACAGUGUGCAUUGUAUUACAGUUGUACGUUAGUGAGGAUACCUGACUUCAGUGGAAUACUUCAAUGGAAUUAUAAUGAAGUUAUGCUUCAGUGGAAUUAUGAAAUGAGCAUUUUUACAUGUGAUUGACAUGUAGGACAGCCUGAUGGUGAUGCGUCUCAUGUGAUUGACGUAGGACAGCCUAUCGGUGUUCCCUUAUGUGAUUGACAUGUAGGACAGCCUAUCGGUGAUGCCGUCUUAUGUGAUUGACAUGUAGGACAGCCUGUCGGUGAUGCCGUCUCAUGUUCAUGUUGUAGCUGCAGCUGCAUUAGUGUGACCUGAAGAGUAGGAGGCGUGGUCUAGAUGGAGUCACCCAGUCAGCGUAAGGCGCCCCCUAAUGGAGCUGUAGGAGAGGACGUCUCAUCUGACGCUCUGAGGGUCAACGUCUCAGCUGCAGAUCGAAGUUAUGUCUCUGCACCUGUGCUGGUGAACUCACAGGUUCAUGGUGAUGUCCUCAUUAAAGUGAUAAAUGAUGUACAGCUGAAAGCUGAUGCAGGUCUGGAACCAACCAUAUUUGACUAUAAGGAGAGCAUCAAGACUGACUAUAAAAGAGUGCAGGAGUACAACUCCCUCCCUGCUGAGGACGUGCUGCUGACUGACCGCUACACUGAGCUGCUGAUAGUCCAGCACCACAGACAGCAGAAAGAGAGAGAGGAGGAGAUCUGCUUCAGAGGAGCGAGUUUCUUCAGUGCCAGGGAGGCAUAUCAAAGCACCACUGUGGACCAGUUCUUCAGCCCUGAUGACCAAGGAGAAGUUCCUAGAGCAGUCAUUCUUCAGGGCCACUCUGGACAUGGCAAAUCCUUUACCGUACAGAAGAUCAUGUUGGACUGGGCAUCAGGCAACCUCUACAAGGAUCAAUUUGAACUUAUUUUACACCUGAAAUGUAAAGAACUGAACCAGGUAUCAGGGAAGUUGUGUGUGGUUGAUCUUGUGAGCUGCAAUCAGAAAUAUACCCCACUGAUCUCACAGAAAUUAAAGGUCUCACCGCAGAAGGUGCUCUUCCACAUAGAUGGAUUCGAUGAGCUCCAGUCCCCAAUGGAUGCAAUCAGUGACUCACCUGUUAAAGACCUUUUAACACCAGCUCCUGUUGGGGCCAUUCUGAGUGCUCUGUUGAAGGGGUCAAUCCUUCCUGAUUGCUUCCUGCUGGUCACCACCAGGCCCAGUGCAGCAGACACACUGAGCAAACUGCUCAAACGCCCGCAGCGUUCCACUGAGACUCUGGGUUUCUCUGAGAAGGGGGUGCAGGAGUACUUCCAGAGGUUCUGUCAAGAUCAGCAGGUAGCAGAGAGGGCAUUCAGCAGUGUGAAGGCAAACGAAACCCUCUUCACAUCCUGCUCCAUUCCCGUCAUCUGCUGGAUCGUCUGCACCGUUUUCAGGGAGCAGCUAAAAGAAAAUGAUGGAAUGACUAAUGGCCUGGAAACAACCACCUCCAUAUUUGUGCACUUUGUGUCCACUCUGCUGGAUCAUCACUGCCAGCAUUUGAGUCAGCCAGUCCCAACUCUGCUGAGGAGCCUGGGCCAGCUGGCAGAGAGAGGGAUGCUGGAGCAGCAGGUCCUGUUUGAGAGAGAAAGUGUGGAAAGUAAAAUCUCAGAUCCAGUCACUGUUCCCUUCCUGUGCAAAUUCCUCCUGAAGAAGAAAGUCAGAAAGAAGGAAAUGUUCAGUUUCAUGCAUCUGAGUUUUCAGGAGUUCUUCACUGCACUCUACUACACCUUUGACCAGAAUGAGGAGAAAGUUGAAGAGCUGCUCAAAUCCUUCCAAGGGGAUAAAAUGAAUGCACAUCUCCUACCUGUCAUUCAGUUUCUGUUUGGUCUCUCAAAUAGAGAAGUCAUGCAGGACUUAGAGCAUCUCAACCUGCCUUCCCCAUCUUCCAUUCGAAGGCAGCUUGAAGAGUGGAUGCUCGGACUCAUCAAAGGGAAUUCCGACUGUAAGAAGGCUGACAUGACCCUCUUCAUACUCCACUGUCUCUAUGAGCUCCAUGAGGGACAGCCAUGCGAGGACAACUAUGAAGAAACACCGUUUGUGUGCAGAGCCAUGGAGGCUUGGGGUGAGAUGAAUUUUGACUCCAUUCCCCUGACGAGUACAGACUGCUGGGUGCUGCUGUACUGCCUGCAGUGCUGCCCGACCAUCAGAAGCCUGGAGCUGAAAGACUGCAACAUGACAGCAGAGAUGCUGAGGAUGCUGCAGCCCGCGCUGAGCCGGUGUGAGGAGCUGGGGUUUGGGAUGCAGGACCUGUCGGAUGUGGAUGUUGGUGAUUUGAUCUCAGCGCUGGGAGAGAGAAAGAUCCUGCACAGACUGUAUGCGUUCCACAGCAGUCUGUCAGAGGAGAGCGUGCACCACAUCUUCAGUGCCCUCUGCAGGCAGAAGUGUGUGGGCAGAGUUGCACUCACUGUGAAGACCAUCACCCCCAGCACAGCUGAGAGACUUCUGCACCUCUACAGCAACACUCACAUUGGAGAUUUUGUGGGGGUGGGUCUACCAGAGGGGGCUGAGCAAGCUGAGAGUUUCUGUUCCGUCCUCGUGAUCAGGAAAGUAAAGAGCUAUUUUGGCAGUCCAGAGUAUGAUGAGUGUGUGGAUGCUCUUUUGAGGCACCUGUCCUCUCUGCCUGAUCUGAUGGAGGUGACUCUGACGGCCGGCUGCCUGACUGAGAUCUGGGCCAAUAGGAUCCUCUCCCUCAUCCGCACCUGCCCCCAGUUAAGGGAAGUUCAGUUUGGUGCCGCCAUCUUUGAUGGGAGUCGAGACGAGCAGGCGGGCUUGCUGCUGGAGGGGGGCAUCAGCGCACUGAAGGAGGCUCAGAGGCGGCCGGACUGCAAAGUCACACUCCACGGGAAGCGCUGCAGUAGGCCUGCGGGCCCGUGCACUACACUAAGGGACCGGAAGCUCAGCUGUAAUAAGGUGUCCGUGGUGGACAUGACGAGCUCACCUGCGCGCAUGCACACGGUGGACAUGACUGACCAUCAGGUGACCUGCGGCGAACAGGAGACAUCAGCAGCACAGAGAGACCUGGGGGACUUCCACAAGGAUCAGGGGGACUUACAAUUUGUUGCAAGUCACUUUGAAUAAAAUCAGCUGCCAUAUUAUGAAGGGGACACUUCACCCAUUUGCAUGAGGCUUUGUGUCAUUAGAAGUGGUGGUUGGCUUGGUGGGGAAGUGAAAGGCAGAGGAUUCUGGGAGUUGUUGGCUUUCAUCCACAUGAGCCAAAAAUAAAUUUUCGGCUUUUUCCUCCCAUCUCAGGGAAAAAUGAGGGAAUGAUGCACGACCAUUCAAAAAUAUGACAAUAUGAAGCUUAAUGCAAAUGGAUGAAAUGCUUUCACAUCUAGCAAUAAUCAUCACUAGGACUGUACUUUACAUCUAGCAAUAAUCAUCACUAGGACUGUACUUUACAUCUAGCAAUAAUCAUCACUAGGACUGUACUUUACAUCUAGCAAUAAUCAUCACUAGGACUGUACUUUACAUCUAGCAAUAAUCAUCACUAGGACUGUACUUUACAUCUAGCAAUAAUCAUCAAUAGGACUGUACUUUACAUCUAGCACUAAUCAUCAAUAGGACUGUACUUUACAUCGAGCAAUAAUCAUCAAUAGGACUGUACUUUACAUCUACAGUAGCACUAAUCAUCACUAGGACUGUACUUUCCUCUGUGUCUUCUUGUAAAAUGAUAUUUGUGCAUUUCAGUUGUACAGUUAUUUUGAACCAAUCACUGGCAGAAAUGAAUCCAAAUUGAAUUGUUCCAGUGUUAAGUUGACCAGGCAAACUGCCGCUGUGAUGAACUUGAAAAGUUAAAUUACUCAACUGUGUAAUGUAUGCUGCUGUGGUUCACAUUGUUUGCGGCACGUGCUGCGCUCGCCGCUAGGUGGCUCUUGGUUGAGGUAACAGGUGAUGUCCCAAAGCAAUUAAGUGCAGACUCCCCAGACUAAUGUUCAAUCUUAAGAGAUGGAGCAGUAUGGUGAUAGCCAGACUACAGCUAUGUCCAGAAGUCAAGCGUGCACGCUGGAUAGUACCCUCUUCCCAGUAGCGUCUUAGUUAGCUCGCUCCUCAGUAUGCGUCCCUACCUACAUUUGGACAGCACUAGUAACUAGUUGACGUCACCUGACUCGGGGAGGGGGGUGUGUUGACGAUUUGCAUGACGUGUGGAGCUUGACCUGCGCUGCGCAAUGGAUUAUGGGAUAUCUGAGGGCAAAAAAGAUGCAUCGAUGCACGCUUGGAAAUCACGCCAAACGAAGUACCCAACUAGUGAGAGCGCUUGACUUUCGGACAGUCUAUUCUGACGUAACUUCCAGAAAAUGCACACUGCCCAGCGUGCACGCUUGACUUCUGCACAUAGCCUACCACACCAGAGCUUUGCUCAGCGCAGCGACAGGCCAGUUCUUGCGACAGUUUUUGACAAUGUAGUGGAUUUAAUAGCGCAGUACUGCCAUUUUUGUACAAUGUGAGCCCCUCCUUUAAAAGGUACACUAUGCAGGUUUAGGGAUUUAAAAGUGCACUAUGCAGGUUUAGGUAUUUAAAGGUGCACUAUGCAGGUUUAGGGAUUUAAAAGUGCACUAUGCAGGUUAAAGUGUUUAAAGGUGCACUAUGCAGGUUAAAGUGUUUAAAGGUGCACUAUGCAGGUUAAAGUGUUUAAAGGUACACUAUGCAGGUUAAAGUGUUUAAAGGUACACUGUGCAGGUUUAGGUAUUUAAAAGUGCACUAUGCAGGUUAAAGUGUUUAAAGGUACACUAUGCAGGUUUAGGUGUUUAAAGGUACACUAUGCAGGUUUAGGUGUUUAAAGGUGCACUAUGCAGGUUAAAGUGUUUAAAGGUACACUAUG